UAAUGGCUACUGCUAGACUGCUACGUUACACUAGCCGAAAUUUUUAGAGAUUCUGUUGAUUUGGGAAAUUCAACAUCUGUCAUAAUAUCACAGUAAUAACAAAAUCCAUUCAUUUCACCCAAUUGCCUAGUUAAUUUUGGAUUCCGUCUACUCUCAAAACAAAACUAUGUAUAUAUUUUGUCGAUUUGAUACAACAUUCUACGUGUGACGAUAGAUAGAUAGAUGGAGUCGUCAGCGCAACAGGGCGCAGAGAGUGUUUGCGUGAAGACUGAGCCCUGUGAGGAUGCGUGUAUAACAUAUGAACCCACGUUCAACGGAGUGGCUGUGAAAGCUGAGCCUUUGCUGGAUGAUGUGUGUGUAAACGCCAAACCUUGCUCAAAUGUGUGUGUUAAAGAAGAGUCGCUGGGCGUGAGCGUGGCGGCCACGGCGUCGGGGCUGUACACCGACCACGUCGUUAAGGAUGAGCUCGUGAUCGGACCCGUUCUAGUGGAGCGACGCGGCCGCGGCGUACGCCGCGCAUCAACAGCCAACCCGGCAAUAGAAGUGAAGCAGUCAUGUGCGUUUGUCCCCGGGAGACCCUUGCUGAAGGACUGCUAUGUGAGGCUGGAGCCUCUCGUUGUGGACACACUGCUCACUGGAACUCAGAUCACAGAUCGGGACAGCACGAGACAAGUUCAUGAAGCUAGUGUAGAGUGUGAACGCAGGAACAUCACAGUUGGGAUUAAAGGUAACAACCCAGGCAAGGGACCUGUAGCAAAAUCCACAUAA